AUGGAACGCAGCAUCGGAAAUGCCAUCUACAAGGAGCAUCGCAAGGUGAAGGAGGUGCGGGAGAAGCAGGCGGCCCGAGACAAACUGCCGCCACUGGAGCCGAAGCACGUCAACAAGCUGAUCAUCAGCUGGAACGGCGACAAGCGCCUUAAUCACUACUACGGCUACCGGUAUGACACGAGAAAGGGAGCUUCAGAAGUCCCGCUCAUCAGCAAACAGUGGAGCAAACGGGCGUCAGUCGGUAAGCGCAUAAAUCGAGUGGUGGAAGANACAUCCGAAGUUCCGCUCAUCAGCAAGCAGUGGAGCAAACGGGCGUCAGUGGGCCAGCAAAUGACCUUCCACCAGUUCGACGUCAAUCCCUCGCUGCUCGAGGUGGACAGCAGCUCGGCCGCUGAUCAGGAGAAGAAGACCUUCGCCGCGCUGGGCCUCAACGAGAACAUCGUGGCCGCCAUCAACCAGUCAGUCACCGGGAAGACUACCUCCCCAGUGACGCCCUCCUCCAUCCAGUUCGGCGUCAUUCCCUUCAUUCUGGCGCGCCGCAACGUCAUCUUCUCCUCGGAGACGGGCAGCGGCAAGACGGUGGCCUACCUGGCGCCCGUCAUCCAGCUGAUCGAGGAGCAGAAGGCGCUGGACGCGGCCCGCUUCGGCGCCGACUACCACCGCCGCCGCUCGCCCUACGGCCUGGUGGUGCUCCCCUCGCGGGAGCUCACCGAACAGGUGGGCGGCGUGGCGCGACAGCUGUCGGCGGGCACCGGCGUCGGCGUGGCCACCAUGAUCGGCGGCGUGCCGAAGAAGGGCGAGGGCGGCGCGGGCAUCGCCCACACCGGCCUCGACCUGGUGGUGACCACCUCGGGGAUGAUCGAGUCGCACCUCAACCGAGGCGUGUAUCACCUCCACCGGCUGCAGCAUGUGGUGCUGGAUGAGGCGGACACGCUGCUCGAUGACACCUUCUCCUACGAGGUGGUCGACCUGCUGGAAAAUCUCAAUAUCAAAUCAUCGGAAAGCGCCGAGAUGAUCGAGUCAGAAGACGACGAAGAAGACGGAGGCGGCGGAGCCUUCCAGAACCUCUCCGGAACGCAGCUCAUCUGCGCCAGCGCCACCCUUCCUACGACGCUCGAUUCAACGCUGGGCGGCCUGCUGAACCUGGCCGAAGACGUGGAAAGGGUCACUACGAAGGCGCUGCACAACUUGCACUCCAACGUCAAGCACCGCUUCUACCGG